AUCUUAGAUCCUAUCUUGACGCUUGUUGAGCUGACAACAUACAGUAAGACAAUCUUACACGUCAACUCGCUUGAUUGUUUGUUUUCUUUUAAUUACGUUUGAUCAAAAUGGUGCUCAUGACAAUGAUAGCCCGUGUAUCUGAUGGUCUACCACUGGCAGCAUCAGUCCAAGAUGAUCGUCAGAUGGGAAGGAAUGUGGUCGAUUAUCAAAACCAGGCUAAAAUGUUAUUCCGCAAAUUAAACUUUGAGUCACCAAAGCAAAUGUCCCUUGAAACCGGCAAUUACCUAUUUCAUUAUUCAAUUGAAAAUGGAGUCUGCUACCUAGUUUUAUGUGAAAAGUCUUUCUCUAAAAGACUCGCUUUUAGUUAUUUGGAGGAUCUUCAAAAUGAAUUUAUUAAUCAAUAUGGACCCAAAAUUUCAAGUGCUACGCGUCCUUACUGUUUUAUUGAAUUUGACACUUACAUUCAGAAAGCUAAAAGAUCAUUCAUGGAUGCCCGAGCAAGAAGAAAUCUUUCUCAAUUAAACAAUGAAUUGCAGGAUGUUCAGAAAAUAAUGGUUCAGAAUAUUGAAGAUGUCUUGCAUAGAGGUGUAGCUAUAUCAGAUUUGGACAAUAAAGCAAGUAACCUGUCGUUGAUGUCUGCAAAAUAUAAAAAGGAUGCGCACCAAUUAAAUUUGAGGUCAAAAUAUGCCAAAGUUGCCGCAGUGGGUGUUAUUUUUACCGUAGUUAUAUUAUAUUUCUGGGUUUUAUGAGCUAGUUGUAAUCAUCUAUUAAAAAAUAUUUUUGUGAGAUAAUGAGAUAAUUCUUUGUCGAGUUGAUGUUUUUUUACAAGAAAUUCUGAUAAAUUGAAUAAAUAAGUUAAAAUGUUGA